CACUCGGGUGUAAAGUUUUCACACACCGAGUCUCAGACUCAUUCGCCCAGCAAAAUGAACUCUCGGCUCCUGAAGAGGUGUAGAUAUUUUUGGUUUCUGCUCGCAGGAAUCUGUGCUCAGCGGACAACAUCCCUUGUUCCUUCCAACACUGGCGCGGCGAGCAUUCGGCUGGCGGGCGGAGGCGGUAACUGCUCGGGGAGGGUGGAGGUGUACCGCGGCGAGGCGUGGGGGACGGUGUGCGACGACGGCUGGGACCUCAGGGAGGCUGGGGUGGCGUGUCGGGAGCUGGGCUGCGGCCCGGCGCUCAGCGCCCCCGGGAGGGCCCGGUUUGGGCCGGGCACGGGGAUGCCCAUCCUGCUGGACAACGUGCGGUGCUGCGGGACGGAGCGGUCCUUAGCGGACUGCGCCUCCCUACCCGUGGGACGCCACAACUGCGGGCACCAGGAGGACGCGGGCGUGGUCUGCGGAGAACCUGCAGCUUCAGCAUCCUCUGGCCCCAGUCUCCGUUUGGUCGGCGGGCCCAAUGAGUGCUCUGGGCGGGUGGAGGUGAACUACGCAGGGCAGUGGGGCACGGUGUGUGACGACAGGUGGGACCUGGCCGACGCCCAGGUGGUCUGCAGGGAGCUGGGCUGUGGGGAUGCAUUGAGCGCUCCUGGGGAAGCCUGGUUCGGCCAGGGUGCCGGUCCAAUUACCCUGGACGACGUGGACUGCAGCGGCCAGGAGGGGGCGCUACAGGAGUGCCAUUGGAGAGGGCCAGGAGAACACAACUGCGCACACUUUGAGGAUGCGGGUGUGGUCUGUGCUGGCACCACUUCCAGGAACCAGAAUACGUUGUCUGGAGUUUCCAACAACAGCUCCUUCUCACUGCGCUUGGUUGAUGGGCCUGACCGCUGCUCUGGAAGGGUGGAGGUGUACUACGCAGGACAGUGGGGGACAGUGUGUGAUGACGAGUGGGAUCUAAAUGAUGCCCGCGUGGUCUGCAGACAGCUAGAUUGUGGGACGCCAGUAAACUUUUUUGGAUGGGCCUGGUUUGGAGAAGGUAGUGGCCCGAUCACUCUGGAUGACCUCAGGUGCGCUGGUUCUGAAGGGUCUCUGGACCAGUGUAGCCACAGUGGGUUUGGGAUCCACAACUGCGGACACCAUGAAGAUGCCGGGGUCACCUGCUCUGACAGCUCCUUCUCACUGCGCUUGGUUGAUGGCCCUGACGGCUGCUCUGGAAGGGUGGAGGUGUACUACGCAGGACAGUGGGGGACAGUUUGUGAUGACGGGUGGGAUCUAAAUGAUGCCCACGUGGUCUGCAGACAGCUAGAUUGUGGGGAGGCAGUAGGUGCUCAUGGAACAGCCCAUUUUGGAGAAGGUAGCGGCCAAAUCACGCUGGAUGACCUGGGAUGUUCUGGUACUGAAGGGUCUCUGGACCAGUGUAGCCACAGUGGGUUGGGGAUCCACAACUGCAGACACCAUGAAGAUGCUGGGGUCACCUGCUCUGGCAGCUCUACCACAUCCAACAACAGCUCCUUCUCACUGCGCUUGGUUGAUGGCCCUGACCGCUGCUCUGGAAGGGUGGAGGUGUACUACGCAGGACAGUGGGGGACAGUGUGUGAUGACGGGUGGGAACUAAGUGAUGCCCACGUGGUCUGCAGACAGCUGGAUUGUGGGGAGGCAGUAGAUGCUCCUGGAACAGCCCAUUUUGGGCAAGGUGGUGGCCAAAUCACGCUGGAUGACCUGGGAUGUUCUGGUACUGAAGAGUCUCUGCACCAGUGUAGCCACAGUGGGUUGGGGAUCCACAACUGCGGACACCAUGAAGAUGCCGGAGUCACCUGCUCUGGCAGCUCUACCACAUCCAACAACAGCUCCUUCUCACUGCGCUUGGUUGACGGCCCUGACCGCUGCUCUGGAAGGGUGGAGGUGUACUACGCAGGACAGUGGGGGACAGUGUGUGAUGACGGGUGGGAUCUAAGUGAUGCUCACGUGAUCUGCAGACAGCUGGAUUGUGGGGAGGCAGUAGGUGCUCCUGGAAUAGCCCAUUUUGGGCAAGGUACCGGCCAAAUCACGCUGGAUGACCUGGGAUGUUCUGGUGAUGAAGAGUCUCUGCACCAGUGUAGCCACAGUGGGUUGGGGAUCCACAACUGUGGACACCAUGAAGAUGCUGGGGUCACCUGCUCUGGCAGCUCUACCACAUCCAACAACAGUUCCUUCUCACUGCGCUUGGUUGAUGGCCCUGACCGCUGCUCUGGAAGGGUGGAGGUGUACUACGCAGGACAGUGGGGGACAGUGUGUGAUGACUGGUGGGAACUAAAUGAUGCCCACGUGGUCUGCAGACAGCUGGAUUGUGGGGAGGCAGUAGAUGCUCCUGGAACAGCCCAUUUUGGGCAAGGUGGUGGCCAAAUCACGCUGGAUGACCUGGGAUGUUCUGGUACUGAAGGGUCUCUGGACCAGUGUAGCCACAGUGGGUUUGGGAUCCACAACUGCGGACACCAUGAAGAUGCCGGAGUCACCUGCUCUGACAGCUCAGCCAACAAUCAAUCUACAGCGUCUCCCUCAUCCAACAACAGCUCCUUCUCACUGCGCUUGGUUGACGGCCCUGACCGCUGCUCUGGAAGGGUGGAGGUGUACUACGCAGGACAGUGGGGGACAGUGUGUGAUGACGGGUGGGAUCUAAGUGAUGCUCACGUGAUCUGCAGACAGCUGGAUUGUGGGGAGGCAGUAGGUGCUCCUGGAAUAGCCCAUUUUGGGCAAGGUACCGGCCAAAUCACGCUGGAUGACCUGGGAUGUUCUGGUGAUGAAGAGUCUCUGCACCAGUGUAGCCACAGUGGGUUGGGGAUCCACAACUGUGGACACCAUGAAGAUGCUGGGGUCACCUGCUCUGGCAGCUCUACCACAUCCAACAACAGUUCCUUCUCACUGCGCUUGGUUGAUGGCCCUGACCGCUGCUCUGGAAGGGUGGAGGUGUACUACGCAGGACAGUGGGGGACAGUGUGUGAUGACUGGUGGGAACUAAAUGAUGCCCACGUGGUCUGCAGACAGCUGGAUUGUGGGGAGGCAGUAGAUGCUCCUGGAACAGCCCAUUUUGGGCAAGGUGGUGGCCAAAUCACGCUGGAUGACCUGGGAUGUUCUGGUACUGAAGGGUCUCUGGACCAGUGUAGCCACAGUGGGUUUGGGAUCCACAACUGCGGACACCAUGAAGAUGCCGGAGUCACCUGCUCUGACAGCUCAGCCAACAAUCAAUCUACAGCGUCUCCCUCAUCCAACAACAGCUCCUUCUCACUGCGCUUGGUUGACGGCCCUGACCGCUGCUCUGGAAGGGUGGAGGUGUACUACGCAGGACAGUGGGGGACAGUGUGUGAUGACGGGUGGGAUCUAAGUGAUGCUCACGUGAUCUGCAGACAGCUAGAUUGUGGGGAGGCAGUAGAUGCUCCUGGAAUAGCCCAUUUUGGGCAAGGUACCGGCCAAAUCACGCUGGAUGACCUGGGAUGUUCUGGUGAUGAAGAGUCUCUGCACCAGUGUAGCCACAGUGGGUUGGGGAUCCACAACUGUGGACACCAUGAAGAUGCUGGGGUCACCUGCUCUGGCAGCUCUACCACAUCCAACAACAGUUCCUUCUCACUGCGCUUGGUUGAUGGCCCUGACCGCUGCUCUGGAAGGGUGGAGGUGUACUACGCAGGACAGUGGGGGACAGUGUGUGAUGACUGGUGGGAACUAAAUGAUGCCCACGUGGUCUGCAGACAGCUGGAUUGUGGGGAGGCAGUAGAUGCUCCUGGAACAGCCCAUUUUGGGCAAGGUGGUGGCCAAAUCACGCUGGAUGACCUGGGAUGUUCUGGUACUGAAGGGUCUCUGGACCAGUGUAGCCACAGUGGGUUUGGGAUCCACAACUGCGGACACCAUGAAGAUGCCGGAGUCACCUGCUCUGGCAGCUCUACCUCAUCUAACAACAGCUCCUUCUCACUGCGCUUGGUUGAUGGCCCUGACCGCUGCUCUGGAAGGGUGGAGGUGUACUACGCAGGACAGUGGGGGACAGUGUGUGAUGACGGGUGGGAUCUAAGUGAUGCCCGCGUGGUCUGCAGACAGCUAGAUUGUGGGGAGGCAGUAGAUGCUCCUGGAAUAGCCCAUUUUGGGCAAGGUAGCGGCCAAAUCACGCUGGAUGACCUGGGAUGUUCUGGUACAGAAGGGUCUCUGGACCAGUGUAGCCACAGUGGGUUGGGGAUCCACAACUGCGGACACCAUGAAGAUGCUGGGGUCACCUGCUCUGACAGCUCAUCCAACAAUCAAUCUACAGCAUCUUCCUCCUCUAACAACAGUUCCUUCUCACUGCGCUUGGUUGAUGGCCCUGACCGCUGCUCUGGAAGGGUGGAGGUGUACUACGCAGGACAGUGGGGGACAGUGUGUGAUGACGGGUGGGAUCUAAGUGAUGCCCACGUGGUCUGCAGACAGCUAGAUUGUGGGGAGGCAGUAGAUGCUCCUGGAACAGCCCAUUUUGGGGCAGGUAGCGGCCAAAUCACACUGGACGACCUGGGAUGUUCUGGUACUGAGGAGUCUCUGGACCAGUGUAGCCACAGUGGGUUGGGGAUCCACAACUGCGCUCAUUAUGAAGAUGCCGGAGUCACCUGCUCUGACAGUUCAGUCAACAAUCAAUCUACAGCAUCUUCCUCAUCUAACAACAGCUCCUUCUCACUGCGCUUGGUUGAUGGCCCUGACGGCUGCUCUGGAAGGGUGGAGGUGUACUACGCAGGACAGUGGGGGACAGUAUGUGAUGACGGGUGGGAACUAAAUGAUGCCCAGGUGGUCUGCAGACAGCUAGAUUGUGGGGAGGCAGUAGAUGCUCCUGGAACAGCCCAUUUUGGGGAAGGUGGCGGCCAAAUCACGCUGGACGACCUGGGAUGUUCUGGUACUGAAGAGUCUCUGGACCAGUGUAGCCACAAUGGGUUGGGGAUCCACAACUGCGCUCAUUAUGAAGAUGCCGGAGUCACCUGCUCUGAUAGUUCAGUCAACAAUCAAUCUACAGCAUCUUCCUCAUCUAACAACAGCUCCUUCUCACUGCGCUUGGUUGAUGGCCCUGACCGCUGCUCUGGAAGGGUGGAGGUGUACUACGCAGGACAGUGGGGGACAGUGUGUGAUGACGGGUGGGAACUAAAUGAUGCCCACGUGGUCUGCAGACAGCUGGAUUGUGGGGAGGCAGUAGAUGCUCCUGGAACAGCCCAUUUUGGGGCAGGUACUGGCCAAAUCACGCUGGAUGACCUGGGAUGUUCUGGUACAGAAGAGUCUCUGGACCAGUGUAGCCACAGUGGGUUGGGGAUCCACAACUGCGGACACCAUGAAGAUGCCGGAGUCACCUGCUCUGACAGCUCUGUCAACAAUCAAUCUACAGCAUCUUCCUCGUCCAACAACAGCUCCUUCUCACUGCGCUUGGUUGAUGGCCCUGACCGCUGCUCUGGAAGGGUGGAGGUGUACUACGCAGGACAGUGGGGGACAGUGUGUGAUGACGGGUGGGAUCUAAGUGAUGCCAACGUGGUCUGCAGACAGCUAGAUUGUGGGGAGGCAGUAGAUGCUCCUGGAACAGCCCAUUUUGGAGAAGGUACUGGCCAAAUCACACUGGAUGACCUGGGAUGUUCUGGUACUGAGGAGUCUCUGGACCAGUGUAGCCACAGUGGGUUGGGGAUCCACAACUGCGCUCAUUCUGAAGAUGCUGGAGUCACCUGCUCUGACAGUUCAGUCAACUAUCAAUCCACAGCGUCUCCCUCAUCCAACAACAGCUCCUUCUCACUGCGCUUGGUUGAUGGCCCUGACCGCUGCUCUGGAAGGGUGGAGGUGUACUACGCAGGACAGUGGGGGACAGUGUGUGAUGACGGGUGGGAUCUAAGUGAUGCCCACGUGGUCUGCAGACAGCUGGAUUGUGGGGAGGCAGUAGAUGCUCCUGGAACAGCCCAUUUUGGGCAAGGUGGCGGCCAAAUCACGCUGGAUGACCUGGGGUGUUCUGGUACUGAAGGGUCUCUGGACCAGUGUAGCCACAGUGGGUUGGGGAUCCACAACUGCGGACACCAUGAAGAUGCCGGAGUCACCUGCUCUGACAGCUCUGUCAACAAUCAAUCUACAGCAUCUUCCUCGUCCAACAACAGCUCCUUCUCACUGCGCUUGGUUGAUGGCCCUGACCGCUGCUCUGGAAGGGUGGAGGUGUACUACGCAGGACAGUGGGGGACAGUGUGUGAUGACGGGUGGGAACUAAAUGAUGCCCACGUGGUCUGCAGACAGCUGGAUUGUGGGGAGGCAGUAGAUGCUCCUGGAACAGCCCAUUUUGGGGCAGGUACUGGCCAUAUCACGCUGGAUGACCUGGGAUGUUCUGGUACAGAAGAGUCUCUGGACCAGUGUAGCCACAGUGGGUUGGGGAUCCACAACUGCGGACACCAUGAAGAUGCCGGAGUCACCUGCUCUGACAGCUCUGUCAACAAUCAAUCUACAGCAUCUUCCUCGUCCAACAACAGCUCCUUCUCACUGCGCUUGGUUGAUGGCCCUGACCGCUGCUCUGGAAGGGUGGAGGUGUACUACGCAGGACAGUGGGGGACAGUGUGUGAUGACGGGUGGGAUCUAAGUGAUGCCAACGUGGUCUGCAGACAGCUAGAUUGUGGGGAGGCAGUAGAUGCUCCUGGAACAGCCCAUUUUGGAGAAGGUACUGGCCAAAUCACACUGGAUGACCUGGGAUGUUCUGGUACUGAGGAGUCUCUGGACCAGUGUAGCCACAGUGGGUUGGGGAUCCACAACUGCGCUCAUUCUGAAGAUGCUGGAGUCACCUGCUCUGACAGUUCAGUCAACUAUCAAUCCACAGCGUCUCCCUCAUCCAACAACAGCUCCUUGUCACUGCGCUUGGUUGAUGGCCCUGACCGCUGCUCUGGAAGGGUGGAGGUGUACUACGCAGGACAGUGGGGGACAGUGUGUGAUGACGGGUGGGAUCUAAGUGAUGCCCACGUGGUCUGCAGACAGCUAGAUUGUGGGGAGGCAGUAGAUGCUCCUGGAACAGCCCAUUUUGGAGAAGGUACCGGCCAAAUCACGCUGGAUGACCUGGGAUGUUCUGGUACUGAAGAGUCUCUGGACCAGUGUAGCCACAGUGGGUUGGGGAUCCACAACUGCGCUCAUUCUGAAGAUGCUGGAGUCACCUGCUCUGGUUCCGUCCCAGAAGGUGCAUAACAGGACUGCGAUAUCUGAGCACGCCUGUUCAUCCUGCCCACCUGUGGAAACCGUGCACAUUUUUAACCCACCCAAAGGAUCAAAUCUCCCUCCUUUCUUACCUGACCUCCUGUUCCAAUGUCCUGCCUGCGUGUGCACUGGGGUCAUCUGCGGUUCAUUAUUUUCUGGGUGUUAAUCUGGCAGUGACAGGAGUGAAACAUAGUGCCUCGUUUGAGUGUUAGGGGGUGGUGCUUUAGAGAGCUGGGAGGUGUCUGUGAAAAUAAAUAGAUUUGCAAGCUUUAA